GUCGCUCUUGGUUUUUCUCUCUCGAUCGAUCGGUAUCUCCUAAUUAAACGUUAAUCUAUUUCUUCUUUCAUAGAUAAUCUACUGAUAGCAAUCAUGGCAUCAAGCAGUAAGAAAAUCGACGUUUUGUUGGUUGGUACUGGCGUAAAUAGUAACUACGAGAAGAUCAUCGAAAGAGCUGGGGGAGAUAAUAUAAACCUCAAAGUGGUUAAGACCGUUGUUCAUGUAAUGAUGGAACAUCUCCUCGGGUUGGCUUCCUACGACCUUAUCAUCCUCAUGGUCACCGUAGAAAAUGGAAUCAAGGUAACUAGGGAUCUUCGGGAGAAGUAUCUUGUGAAGUCGAUGAUCGUGGGUGUGACUUCAAAAGGAGACACGGACGGACAGCGUAGUGAUUUGAUAAAGGCUGGAAUUGACAAAUGCGAGGUUAUGCCGUUAACCAUCGAAAAGAUGGAGUCAGUCUAUAACAAGCUCAACUCCGGGAUGAGAAACGGUACUUUUAGGAAGCACUUGUUUAAAGCGUUAAUCGUUGACGACAAUCCCGAUGAUGCUUUCCGUCGGAAUCAUGAAAAGCUCAUCAGAAAAGCCGGAGGACUUGUUUCUAUGAGUUUUUUCACUGUGAAAGACGUCCAGCUGCUGAGUUCUUAUGACCUUAUUGUCCUGACUAAGGCAAUUAAGGCUAAGGAGUUAAGAGACAAGGGAUGGACGUCGUUGAUGGUGGGCGUGACGUCGUCCAAAGAGCAGUUUACGGCGUUCCAUGAAGCCGGAGUGGACCACGUGUUCUUGGACCCCAUAACGAUGGAAAAACUCAUCCCUCUUAUUAACCGUAUCAUCAACAAUUAAAAGAUAGAAUUUUUUAUUUUAUUAACUACAAUAAAUUACAGUUUGCAUGUGUGUAAGUAUGAUUUAUUGUUAUCCACUAUUAUACUGUCUGUGUGUGAUACAGUAUAUAAUAGUCGUUUCUUUUCGGCUUAUAAAAAAAUAUUACUAGAUUAUGAAUAAAAGGGUUCGCGUUUACUA